AUGAAUCAGCACAAUUCGGAUAGUAACGGUAAGGUUAGGAUAAGUUACAUUGUUUUCGAAGAUUUGUACGGUUCCAUUGUUAUGAUUCUCUGUUACAAAAGAGCUGCUAGAAGUGGAAACUUGGAUAAUAUACCGGUUCCUGGCACAAAUCAUAAAAAUAAUGACCUAAAAACAAAAGUAAAGUUGCUUUCAAGUGAAUACUUGAUUUUAACAAUAAAGCUGGUAGUCAUGGUAGUAUCUCGCGAAUGUACCGUCAACAUAAUUGAACAGCCAAGUAGCAGUAUAUUCAAACCAGCAAGAUCGAACGCUUUUAACAUCCGUUGGUCCUAG